AUGUGGGACGCAUCCGUGGGGCCUUGCCGUGUGAAGGCCAGAAGCAAGAGUCAGCAAGCGGCCCUGGGCCCAGAUGAGACCCGACUCCGCACAGCGAACCUGCUGACGCUGUCCAACAUCCGAAGGAUGCUGGAUGAUCUGGUCUUGAAGUGCCUGGAGACCGAAAACCUGCCAGGACCAACGCAGGUGAAGGCCGCAAAUCGCAUGAUGUACCAGUGCAUCUUGUCUGGCCUGCCCCGCAGCUGCAGCUAUCUGGCGAAGCGGUUGCCCUUCGAGCCAACAAAGCCUUUCACGCAGGCGAAUGUUUUAUCGGUGUUUCUGGGUUUCGGAGUGCGUCGUGUCGAAGCCUUCCUUCUGGGGUCCUUUACAAACUUUACAGGCAGCAUGCGCUUGAUGUUGCUGCAGCUGUUGCUGCUGAUGACGAAGAAUGACGACGAUGAGGACAACCGCAAACGAGGACACUGCAUAGAGUACAGCUUCGUCACGAUUCUUUUUGUAAAGCUCAAGGUUUUGGUUUUCGUGAGCUGGUGCCAGGUGUUGCAUUACCCACAUGAGGAUGCAGAUGCAAUCUACCAGCUGCAGGCAAGGAAGGGCCGGAAUGCAGUCCAGCUGGCCAUCUGGAUGGGCGAUGCGGACAUUGUGCAAGGCCUUUUUCCUUCCAUGGAGCAGCCGAUCGACAAGCUGGGGCGCACUGUUCUGGACUACGUCAGGGCCUCUGGGUCUCCCGUGCUCAAGCUUGCGCCGCCAAAGCAGAGCCUCCCGCGUCCGCGACCUGGCCCGCAGAUGCUGCACUGCGAUGGUGAGGACAUUUCCGCAACACAUCUGGGCUGGACGGAAGCCUCUGACUGGCCACACUAUGAAGCCUGUGACUUCGAAGUGGUGGAUGCCCUGACAGAGGAGGAUCUCCAGUCGAAGUUCGUGGACAUGGGCCGCCCGGUGCUGGUGCGGAACUUCGCCGCCCUCGAGGAUCGCUGCGCUCUGGCCAAGCGCCGCGUCAUGAAGGUGCACAAAUCCUCUCACUUCAAGCUGGGGCCCAUCGCCUAUCCUCAGCUCAUUGGGGCGCAGCCCUGCGAGAAGACUUUCACAGUAGAGGAAGCUGAAAAGGGUGCUCGGUGCUUCAGGCAUGGCAACACCUCGAACUACUAUGCUUCUCAUGCGCCAGGCAUCUUCCCCAAGGAGCUGACGCAGAUGGAGACGGUAGAGAGAAUUCAGAAGCUGAUUCCCGGUAUCAACCACAUGUCCAAGCAGUACUUCUGGGGUGGCGACAGAAGCGGCGCGGCGCUGCACUACCAUGUGGCUGCCUUCAACGUCCUUUUUGUCGGAGAGAAGGAAUGGUAUGUGACGCCCCCUUACCUCGCUGCCAGAUCUGGCAUUGCAACCUACGAGCUCUUUGACAGGUCGGGCAUCUCCAUGGACCACGUCUUUAGGUGUUCUCAGUAUGCCGGGGAUUUGGUUCUGCUUCCAGACGGCUGGGGGCAUGCGACGCUCAACCACGGUUUUGGUGUGGGCAUCGGCGUCCUCUAUGACCUGCAGACGUGA